UUAAGAUUCGGUUAACUCUAGUUAGCUUGUUUGUUGACUUGAAAUGACUUUAACUUUGAUUUUUCAGUGAAUAAUUUAAAGGCGAUCUGUUUCUGCGCUCAUUUAAAUAACACUAAGUAAUAUGUAUCCGUUUCAUCUUCAAAUCACGGGUUCUUCUUUGAGUGUAAGUCAGGUGUUCCAGAUUAAUUGGUGUUCUAGAUUAUCUGGUGACAUUCGGUGAGGGAGGCGGCAAUACGGAUCAUAGGUGACUGUACCGAUGCCUGUUCAGAACACAGACGUCAAUAAAAUGUUCUUGUUGUCACCUUCAACAUUAAUCCCACAUGUGGUUGUUGCUCUGUUCUGACUCAGAGCUGUGCAGUCCACCAGUAAAGUACUCGGUUUAAUGAGGACUUACAACUUCACCAGCAGUGUGUUCUAUGUAUAGCGGGGUUAAUGAGUCCAUUUGAAGUCACUUGUUACAUGUUUGGUUCCCAUAGUGACUGGUGUGGGCGCACUCCUUCUCGGCCCUGCAGACCUGGGGUGUGCCCCCCUACAUAGCGGUCUCAGUCUGCUACUGAUCCCUGCAAGGGACAUGGAGAAAAAAAUACAGGAAGAAUCCCGAGAAAGUUUAACGAGAUUACGUAAAACUUUCUUGUAGCCAUUUUGUGUCUCUUUGUGGUCAUUUUGUGCACAAAAUGACCACAAUAAGACACUAAAUGGCUCCAAAGCAAUGGAUAGUCCAGCAGAAAUGUCAUUUUCUAGACCCAGCUGUCUCAUUGGUUGUUUCUUGUUCAGUAGGUAAGUGGUCCUGACAAGCCCCGCCCACCAAACACCUGUCUCAGAAACACCAGUGUCACCAGUUAAUGUUGAACACCGGACUGAGGCUGGUGAUUUCCCCAAUAAACCAACAGGUGUUGAGUUUACCUGUACAGGUGAAGUUCAUCUCUGCAGCAUAGGUAAGUGGUCCUGACAAGCCCCGCCCACCAAACACCUGUCUCAGAAACACCGGUGUCACCAGUUAAUGUUGAACACCGGACUGAGGCUGGUGAUUUCCCCAAUAAACCAACAGGUGUUGAGUUUACCUGUACAGGUGAAGUUCAUCUCUGCAGCAUAUAAAGAUGUUACAGAGGGUGGCGGUGAUCGGUGCCGGUGCUGCUGGACUCUGUGCAGCCCGUCACAUCCUGUCCCGUCCAGGCUUCUGUCCUCCGGUGGUUUUUGAACUCAGCCACGAAGUCGGAGGAACCUGGUGUUACGAUGAGCGGAUCAGGACGAACGACAACGGACGACCGAUUCACAGCAGCAUGUACAGAGACCUGAGGACCAACCUGCCCAAAGAGGUGAUGAUGUUCCCAGACUUCCCCUUCGACCCUCAGCUGAGCAGCUUCAUUCCCCAUCAGGAGGUCCAGCGGUACCUGCAGAAGUACUGCCAGAACCACCACAUCGGGCCGCACAUCCGGUUCAGCACGGUGGUGGAGAAGGUGGAGCCUGUCGUCAUGACAACAGAGGGCGAGGAGGCGACGGCGACGUGGGAAGUGACGUUUUCUGAUUCGUCUGGAUGUCAGAAAACGGAAACGUUUGACUCGGUGUUCGUCUGCUCAGGUCACUACUCGGAUCCUCACAUCCCUGACAUCCCAGGAAUACACAACUUUCAAGGACAGGUUCUCCACAGCCACUCGUACCGGUUUCCAGAACCGUUCUCGGGUCGGUCGGUGGUGGUUCUGGGAGCCAAAGCUUCGGGUCUGGACAUCUCCAUGGAGCUGGCUGAAGCUGGUGCUCAGGUAACUCUGAGUCAUCGUCAUCCUCCCCUCUCCUUCCCUCUACCUGCUGGGAUCCAGGAGUCCACUUCUAUCGUGGCGGUCGAAGACGACGGCAGAAUUCGCUUCCAGGAUGGCUCGGUGGGCGGGGCUGAUGUCCUGAUCUUCUGCACCGGGUAUAACUACAGGUUUGGGUUCCUGGACGGAGCCCAGCUGGGCGUGGAGAUCCAUGACGAGGUGCUGUGGGGUUUGUACCGCUUCAUGAUGCCUCCUGCCUUCCCCUCGCUGUUCUUCAUCGGAAUGUGCAAACUCAUCCUCCCUUUCCCCAACUUCAACUGCCAGCUCCUUUCCUCUCUGCAGGUCCAGUUUGCUCUCUCCGUGUUGGACGGUUCUGUUGUUCUUCCUCCUCGGGCUCAGAUGGAGGAGGAGGCUCGGCUGGCGCUGCAGCAGAAGGAGCAGCGAGGAGUGGAGCGGCGCCACCUGCUGGUGCUACAGCAGGACCAGUGGGAGUACUGCCGGGUCCUGGCUCGGUCCGCAGGCUUCCCUCCGAUUCCUCCGGUGACCCGCAGCCUCUACGAGGAGGUCUGGAGGCGGAGAAGGAUUCACCCCAAGAACUACCGAAGGACCAACUACCGGCUGGUCAGUGACAGCGAGUGGCAGGUGGUGGACUGAAGGACGGAACACCUGGAGAAGAACUCGGAGAGUCCUUCCAGAACCAGAGGACCUUUUACAUGUAAUUUAGAUAAUCCAUGUAGAAAACACUAAAACAUGCAGUAGUUGUGUAAAUGUACUCAUCCUGAGAUCAAAUCUAAAAAAAAAAAACUAGGAGAAAAGAAUGUUAGAAAGUGUUUUAAAAUACCAAAUAAGUCCGGAGUUCCCCUAAAAUCACAUUUUUCUCUCGUCCUCCUGAUGACCAAACUGAAUGUCUAAUAAAACUGUUUAAAUGAAA